CUUGGAGAGAAGAGGAAUGGAAUCAUUUCAAGUACUCUUUCUGGCUCCCAUUCGGCUUUUCCUUGCUGUUGUUCUGGUGAUUAUCGAGAAAGAUGAUGUUGUCGUAUUCAGGAGGGUGAUUAAGAUUCUGAAGCUCAUCAACAAGAAAAUGAAAGGCAGUGAAAGUAAGCAUCUCAAAGUAUCACAUUCGUCCAAGAUCAUCAGAGAGUUAAAACGACGGAUUGUUCUGGACAAGAUGGGUCGAAAAGAGACCACAGAAGAUGCCUACAGUUUGAUUGACAAGUACUUCCCCUAUAUUAGGAUACAUCCUAACAAGCAGACCCUGAAAGAGAGGAGAGACGGUGUUGAUCGAUUUCAAACUCAAGAAGUCAGAGAGCAGCUUCUUUCCAUCGUGUGUAGGAAUGAAUACAGACACCACGAAGUACCAUCUGCAGAAAAGAAGUUCCUCGUUCAACUAGUGAAGAACUAUGUCAGAGAGGUCAAUGAUGAUCUUGCGCCAACCAAAAUUGAGCAGGUUAAGAUGUGUCAAAAUGUGUCUUUUUGGGGCUAUGAUAAUUUUUCCAUGACCAUGCUGUUGUCUUCACACAAUGGUCGUUUUCAUUGUGAUGUACAUGAUUUCUUCAAUAAUGGAAAUUCGGAAAGAAAGGGCAUUUACAAGAGACUUGUCUCACUCUGCAUGGCUGGUCCUCCUAGCGAAAAAGAUCUGUAUAGCCUUCUCCGGGAAAUCUGGAAUGAAGAUGGUCCAAAGCGUGGGAGAACAAGAAGAAGAAAACUGCGAGGGGAUGAGGAGGUUGAAGAGUUGGACAAUGUUGGGGAGAAUUUGGAUGGAAGAAGAGAAGAGGAGGCAGAAGAUUUACAACAAGGAGCUGUGUUUUAUCAGGGAGAUAUUAGUACACCAACCUGUUCAGAGAAUGGGGUGAGGAGUCGACAGAUUGCGGAUAGUCUGUAUUUAAAAAUCAUGAAAGAGGUUAUGGAAUCCGAUAAUGAAGCUGGAAAUGAGGAAACUAGAAGGAGCAGGGUUUUUGGCCGGAGUGACUUAAGCAACAGAAGCAAAGAUCUUGAUCAGAGCAUGGAACAGUCAUAUUGUGUUACACAGGAUCGUGACCGUGACUUCAUAGAAUCAGCUUACCCGAGCAGAUCUGGGAUUAGAUCGAGGCGACAGUCACCUCAUGCUAGGAGUGAUGUACCUCAACCUAGGACGUCAACACUGGGUGCGGACAGUCACCGUUAUCAAACAAGGAAGCUGUCACCUGGUGGUGAAAGAGAUUAUAAUCAAUCAAGGACCCCAUCACCUGGUGUCUUCAAUGAUCGUCAUCAACCUAGGAGACAUUCACCCAGAGAUCUUAAUAGAUCUAGAGGACAGUCGCCUGAUGGUCAUAGCAGAGCUCUUAAUCAAUCUGGAACACCAUCGCCCAAAGCUGGCAACCAUCUUGGUGUAUCAAGGACAUCAUUACUUGAUGAUGGUAGUCAUUGUAAUCAUGCUAGGAAGCAGUCACCAGAUGCUAACAAUCAUUGUACUCAAUCUAAUAGACAUUCAAUUUAUGAGAGCAGGGUCUUUAAUGAGUCUAGUAACCAGGCUCCUGUGAUUAGCAUAAAUCUUAAGUCUAGAAGACAGUCACCGAAGAGGCAGGCCCCAGACAAUGUCAGAAAUCUUAAGUCUAGCAGACAGUCACCAAGGAGACAGGCCCCUGAUGAUAUCAGAGAUCUUAUAAUGACCCCUGAUAUCAGAGAGCUUGGUCAUUCUAGGAGACAGUCUCCAAGGAGGCAGGCCCCAGAUGGUAUCGUAUCUCUUAAUGAGUCUAGCAGACAGUCACCAAGGAGACAGGCCCCUGAUGAUAUCAGAGAUCUUAUAAUGACCCCAGAUAUCAGAGAUCUUGGUCAUUCUAGGAGACAGUCUCCAAGGAGGCAGGCCCCCGAUGGUAUCGUAUCUCUUAAUGAGUCUAGCAGACAGUCACCAAGGAGACAGGCCCUAAAUAAUAUCAGAGAUCUUCAACUGGCCCCAAAUGAUAUCAGAGAUGGAAAAGAUUCUAGGAAACAGUCACCUGGGAUACAGUUCCCUGAUGAUAUCAGAGACAUUAAGACUAGGAGACGAUCCCCAAGAAGGCAAGCCCCUAAUGAUAUCAGAGAUCUUAAUGAGUCAAGAAGACACUCACCUAGAAGACAAGCCCCUGAUGAUAUCACAUCUCUUAACAAGUCCAGGAGGCAGUCACUAAACAGGCAGACCCCUUAUGAUAUCAGACGUCUGAAGUCAAGAAGACAGUCACCGAGAAGGCAAGCCCCUGAUGAUAUCAUAAAUCUUGAUGAUUAUGGGGGACAGUCACCAAGGAGGCAGGCCCCUGAAGAUAUAUCUCUUAACGAGUCUACAUGUAGGCGAGAGUCACCAAAGAGGCAGGCCCCUAAUGAUAUCAGAGAUCUUAAUGAGUCAAGAAGACACUCACCUAGAAGACAAGCCCCUGAUGAUAUCACAUCUCUUAACAAGUCCAGGAGGCAGUCACUAAAGAGGCAGACCCCUGAUAAUAUCAGACGUCUGAAGUCAAGAAGACAGUCACCAAAGAGGCAGGCCCCUGAUGAUAUCAGUCAUCUUAAGUCAAGAAGACAGUCACCGCGAAGGCAAGCCCCUGAUGAUAUCAUAAAUCUUGAUGAGUCUAAGAGUCAGUCCCCUAGAAGUCAAGCCCCUAAUGAUUUAAGAGAUUUUAAUGAAUCUAGAAGACAGUCACUGAGGAAGCAGCCCCGCAAUGAUAUCAGUCAAGAUAAUCAUGAAGGACCUGAUGAAGAUAUUGAGGAGCCAAUGGACACUGAUUCUGAUGACUUUAUUCUGGUUCAAGGGGCAGCUUGUAAGCAGGAACAGGAAUCUUCGGAAAUGACCUUGUGUAGGCCAAGAAGGUGUUCUGUAAUCCUAAAAGACUGCAAAGAUUUAUGCAGUGAGAAAUUGGGAGAGUGGAAUGUAGCGGAAUCACUGAAGGUCACUAAAGGGCAUUCACCAUCGAAUGAUCUCCCAUCCAGACAGUUACGUUUACCACCUUGUUCUAUUAUGAAGGAAUUCCACACAAAGGGACAAGGUAAAGGAGAACUGUCAGAAGUAAGACAGAGAUCUUCACCACCAAGGACUGAAAUGAGCCACACUUCUUUCAUGGCUAUGCUUGGCUUGACCCCAACAUCGAAGGUCAAGGUGUCAGACACAGCAGUUAUCAAUGAAGUGAAACAAAGAUCUCAACCAAUUACCAACACUGACUCGCCUUUGGGAACUCUUCGUCUGCGUCGAUGUUCGGUUGUCAUGGUAAAGCUUGAGGUUAUGGAAAGAGAAGAAGCUGAAAACCAAACUCCUGUCCCUCCUACCAUCUCAUACUCAGACCAAGAAGAAGAAGACCAGAACAUUCCUUUUAUUCAAGAUCAUGAUAGGGUAAUGGAAGAAGAAGCUGCAGCCUUUCCUUUCAUCAUUGACCCAGGACAAGAAAUUGGAGACCAGAGCUCGUCUUCUUUUGAAGAUCAUAAUGGAUUUAUAAAAGAAGCGCCUGUCUCUCCUUACAUCAUCGACUCGGAUCAAGAAGAAGGAAACCAGAGCACUUCUUUUCUUCUAGAUCAUAAUGGGAUGAUGGAAGGAGCUCCUAUCUCUUGUUCCGUCGCUGACUCAGGCCAGGAAGUCGAGGACCAGGCCACUCCUUUUCUUCAACAUGAUAAUGGGGGAACCGUCGAGCAAGCAGUCAAGGACCUGAAAAGACAUUCUCCACAGAUGAACAGGUUGGACUUGUCAAGAUGUGCCCGCCUACGUGAGUGUUCUGUUCGUCUUAGAAAGUAUAAAAAGUCAGCUGCAACCCAUAUCAGGAGACUCAUCCUCAGAAGAGUAAGCGGACCUUCCAUUUUCAAAAUAAAGAACUAUGUGAGAAUGAGCAUACACAUCCCAAACUGUGGAAGAGUGAGACUGAGACAAAGAUUACCAGCAUCUGGUCUUUACAUGUGAAAAAGAAAAUAUUCCAUGGACAUUUGAUGCAAGAGAAUCUCCAACAACUGCUUUAGAUGACAAGUGAUGAAGUAUUGCCUCAUGCGAUCAACAUGCAUAGUAUCCAACCGAAGCGAAUACUAAAUUCAGUGUUUCCCAUAGGUGUCUGACAGGGUCUACCCCGUACCCAGUUCCAGAAGGCUGAAACUUAGUAUGGUGUUAAUUAUUCAUCAACACAUCUAUGUCUGUUUUUGUGCAAGAAUAAGAAAGCAUUUGAAAAGUAAUAUUUACUGCUUGAAAUUUCAUUUUGAAAUAGUUGUUCAAACGUGAUUGGCAUGGUAGGGAUUGAUUACAAUAUUCAGAGCCAAAACUAUGUGAGGAAAUCAAAUUGCAUCCCUCUUGAAAUAUUUUACCAUCAUAUGUCAAACACAGUAUCAAUUCAUGGUGCUAUGUAAACUUAUUUUAAAAGAGUUGUUUUCAAAUGCCAAGGAUGGUACAGCCUUUCCUUGAUUUCUGGUGCUACUUAUUUCAAGUACUCUUUUUUUUAUAAUCAGAGGUUUAGUUCUUCAUUUUGUAGUCAUAUUGAAAUAUAGCUGUCUUGUAUGUUUAUCUAUGUGUAUGUUUGCGAAACUUAUAUAUUAGCCCAAUGAAGCCAGCGCACAUGCUUUGCUUUUCUACUAGUUUAAAAAUCCUUGCAUUUCAUUACAUAGAAUUGGAUAUUGAAUCAGUCAAUUCACUGUCAAGCUAAGUGAACUUCAGUGGGUAUUUCACAAAUAUUUAAGUCUUGAGACAAUGCGUUAAAUGUCGUGCGCACGUUAGCAUUAAGCAUGUAUUGUAGGCAUACUUAAAUCUUAUAUGAAUUUAAUGCAGAUAUUCACAAACUUAGAAGUAUUUAGAAUCUAAAAUGGUCAUUAAAAGUUGUCUCUCGGUUGCUUCGUCAAUGGAAGUGUCCUCUUCCAAAUGGUAAUAGAUCCACUUUUGAUGAAAAUUUAACCAUUAAAGCUAAAACUAGCAUUUUGUUUUGGAAUUGUUUUUUAAUGAAUUUUCAAUCUCAAUCUCUAGUUAAUCUCAAUCUCAAGAACAACUGAAAGUUAUACUUUCCAGCAUUAUUUUUUUCCAUGGACAUUUGUAAAGUAAGCUUCAUUCAAACAUGGUGAGAUAAAGCUCAUCAAUGUUUGGUGUUCUAAUUCAAUGUGAUAUGAGGCAUUGAUUCUAAAAGGCUCUUGCCUGAUCAUUUUAUUGCGAAAAAAAAAGUUAGCACAAAAUAAAAAAACUUUGUCCCAAGUUACACAGGUUGAGCUGAUAUCAUAAAACAUAUUCAUGACAUCAUAAUGAGGUCACAUAAUAUGGUUCUUGGCAUGCAACUUUGACAAUUUGUUUUAGCAUGUUUGAACACUGACAACUGAGCUUUGUCUCAUAGGCAUAAAUGUGUUUCUCAAGUGUCAGAGAAAUCUGUUUUGCAGGAUAUUUAUUCAAUUUUAAGUAUAAGAUAAAGAUAAGAUAAGAUAAGAUAUUUAUUCGUCUUUCUUUCUGCACAUACAUUUUAUCUUACAAGUAUGAUUUCACAUUCUACAAAUGAAAAAAAAUCAAUUAACCAUAAAUCAUUGUUACAGUAGAAAAAAAGAAACAUAGCAAAUAACUAAACGUAUUGAGAGAAAGACAAGGAGAACCCCUGAAAAAGCAAGGCUUGUAAGGCUAGGGUCUCCUUUGUUUCAAGUACAUGACUGAAUAGUAUUCAGUGUUGACAUGUAAUAUCUUUAAAAAAUACAUAAGAAACAAAAAAAAAAUGCAACAAUAAAACAAAAAAGACAAACUAAAACUAAUCAAUGACAAAAAACACACACUAAUAGAAUACAUUGCUUGAAUGUACAGUUAUGAAGUCUAAUAAACUAACAACAAUAUGAUAUAAUUAAGUGAUAUAUGAUGGAAGAGGAAAUAAGUAUGGAUAACAUGGCAUGAAAAAAAGAGGACGAUCGUAUGUAUAAAUAAUAAUAGUAAAGU